GGGACACGGUGGGCUUCGACGGGAGCUGUCGCCGCUGCCGCCGGCACCGGGAGGGCGCUGGCCAUGGACGCCACCACGCUGGAGCUGGACGCGGUGAAGUUCGCGAAGCUGGCGGUGCAGCGGGACCAGAGCGGGCGCUACCAGGAAGCGGUCUUCUACUACAAGGAAGCUGCACAAGCCUUGAUUUAUGCUGGGAUGGCUGGGUCCAACUUGGAAAAUAUUCAAGAAAAAAUAAAUGAGUACUUGGAGAGAGUUCAAGCUCUCCAUUCAGCAGUUCAAUCACAGAAGACAGACCCUCUGAAGUCAAAACAACAGUUGGAUUUGGAGCGUGCUCACUUCCUAGUUACUCAGGCUUUUGAUGAAGAUGAUAAAGGCAAUGCAGAAGAAGCUAUAGAGUUGUACACAGAAGCAGUGGAACUCUGUUUGAAAACAGCUACUGAAACCUCAGAAGCAGGCCUCCAGUCCAAACUGAAACAGCUGGCUCGACAAGCACUGGAUAGAGCAGAAGCACUGAAGGAAUCUAUGUCAAAGUCAUCUCAGAAAGAAAAGUCAACUGCAGCCAAACCAAAUCAGCCAGUCAGAACAUUCUUUCCACUGGGACCUGAUUUUUCUUUAAAUGAUAAACCACAGACAAUCAGAGCAGUACAAGCUAGUGAAUCUCAAGGUCAGAGAUACACUGCAGAGGAGAUUGAAGUACUCAGGAAGACUUCAAAGAUUAAUGGCAUUGAAUAUGUACCUUUCAUGAGUGUUGAUCUGAGGGAACGUUUUGCCUUCCCUAUGCCUUUUUCUGAUAAGUGUGGGAAGCUACCCUUAUCCCCCAAACAGAAAGCAAUGUUUGCCAAGUGGGUGAGACCGGAUGACAUAACAAAUAACCCUACGAUGAUCUACACCGUAUCAAGUUUCAGCAUAAAGCAGACAAUAGUGUCAGAUUGUUCUUUUGUGGCAUCACUAGCUAUCAGUGCAGCGUAUGAAAGAAGAUACAACAAAAAAUUGAUCACGAGUAUAAUUUACCCUCAGAAUAAGAAAGGAGAACCGGAAUAUAAUCCAUGUGGUAAAUACAUGGUGAAGCUUCAUAUCAAUGGUGUUCCUAGAAAGGUAAUCAUAGAUGACCAGCUACCUGUUGAUCAUAGUGGGGAACUUCUCUGCUCUUAUUCCAAUAAUAAGAAUGAAUUAUGGGUGUCACUAAUAGAAAAAGCUUACAUGAAGGUCAUGGGAGGAUAUGAUUUUCCUGGAUCAAAUUCUAAUAUUGAUCUCCAUGCACUGACAGGUUGGAUACCUGAAAGAAUUGCAAUGCACUCUGACAAUCAAGCCUUCAAUAAAGACAGCACUUUCAGAAUGCUUUAUCAGAGAUUUCACAAGGGAGAUGUCCUUAUCACAACAGCAACAGGGGUGAUGUCUGAAGAGGAAGGAGAAAAGUGGGGUUUAGUUCCAACCCAUGCAUAUGCAGUCUUGGAUAUAAGAGAAUAUAAGGGACUUCGAUUUCUUCAGCUAAAAAAUCCCUGGAGCCACUUACGUUGGAAGGGACGAUACAGUGAAAAUGACACACGAAACUGGACCCCAGACUUACAAAAAUACUUGAACUUUGAUCCCAGAACAGCUCAGAAAAUAGACAAUGGCAUUUUCUGGAUUUCCUGGGAAGACCUGUGCCAGUACUAUGAUGUUAUUUAUUUGAGUUGGAACCCAAGUCUUUUCAAAGAAUCUACAUGUAUUCACAGCACGUGGGAUGCAAAGCAGGGCCCGGUGAAGGACGCCUACAGCCUGGCCAACAACCCUCAGUACAAGCUGGAGGUGCAGUGUCCACAGGGUGGUGCUGCUGUCUGGGUCCUGCUCAGCAGGCACAUCACUGACAAGGAUGACUUUGCACACAAUCGGGAAUUCAUUACAAUGGUUGUGUACAAGACUGAUGGCAAAAAAGUUUACUAUCCAGCUGAUCCUCCUCCUUAUAUUGAUGGUAUUCGGAUCAACAGUCCUCAUUAUCUGACCAAGAUAAAGCUGACCUCUCCAGGAUCCCAUACAUUCACCUUAGUGGUGUCCCAGUAUGAGAAACAAAACACCAUCCACUACACCAUCAGGGUGUAUUCCGUGUGCAAGUUCACCUUUUCCAAGAUUCCCACACCCUACACCAUUUCCAAACGGGUUAAUGGACAGUGGAAAGGUCACAGUGCUGGAGGGUGUGGAAACUUCAGAGACACCUACAAAAAUAACCCCAUUUAUCAAUUCCAGCUAGACAAGAAUGGACCAUUGCUAAUUGAACUACGGGGACCAAGGCAAUACAGCGUUGGUUUUGAACUGGUCACCGUCUCAACAGUGGGAGAUCCUGGUUCCUAUGGCUUUCAGAAAAAAAGCAGUGGUGACUACAGGUGUGGAUUUUGCUACUUGGAGGUGGAGAACACUUUUGCUGGAGUUUACAACAUUAUCCCCACCACAUUCCUGCCUCAACAAGAGGGGCCCUUUUUCUUAGAUUUUAACAGUACUACUCCUCUUAAGGUGUCACAGCUGCAGUGAGGAGACAGAACUGUGCAGUGCUGUUUAAGGAGAUGGUUUUGACCUGUCCUACAGUCUGAGAACAGGUGAAGAAUCCUUAUUACACCUGCACAAAAGAGAAUUACAUCCUGAGUUACAGCCAAAAGCAUGGAAUGACAGAUUGCCAGGUAAUUGUGGCAGGCAGUUAGCUGUGGAUUUGCUGCCAUGGUCCAGGAGUGAGCACUGUUCAACAGGCUUGGGAAUAGGCUAAAAUGCAUAUAUUCAAAUGAACCAGCAGAAGAACUCACUUUAUUGCAGUUUUUCCACACUUUGAUUCAAAGUCUAGUGAGUUACAAGAAAAACUAAUAUUGAAAUUCCCUCCUCCCCACAUACAGGGUAUAUGGGCUAAAGAUUCUAUUCUUAAAAGUAAACAUAUAAGAAAAAAAUAUUCUUGUGUAUUCUGCUUAUUCAGUCUCAGGACCAAAUAGCUUUUAUUACAUA